UUGAUUAUAUUUUCUAAAAUUCCUCAAUAUAGGCAAAUACAUAAUAUGUAUAUUAAAGGUAUUGGCUACUUCUUCUAUAAUCCAGACGAAGCAGGCCAAGCUUCUGAUCAGGCUUGGCACUAUGCACGUUUUUUCUUUCAAAUGUCUUUUGCUACAACUACAUCAACUAUCGUUUCUGCUGCUAUGGCAGAAAGAAUACGUUUAAAGCCUUAUAUUGUUAUUACUUAUUUGAUGACUCUUGUCCAUUCAAUAACUGCACAUUGGGUCUGGUCUGAAGAUGGAUUUCUUCACCAAUUAGAAGUUGUUGACGCUGCUGGAUGUUCAGUUGUUCACCUAGUCGGCGGAGUUUCUGGUUUAGCUGCAACGCUUUAUUUAAAGCCUAGGCAAGCUAGAUUUGGAGAAAGGGGAAGUGCACAUAUGUCAAAUCCAACAAAUGCUCUUCUUGGAACUUUUAUGUUAUGGUGGGGAUGGUUAGCAUUCAAUACUGGGUCAACAUUGGGAGUUGCUUAUAAUAGAUGGAGACUUGCUUCUAGAUCAGCAAUGGUUACAUUAUUAAGUUCAAUAGGUGGUGGGUGUACUUCGAUUAUUAUUUCAUUAGUUUCAACAAGAAAAUGUCAAAUUGAUUUAUUAAUUGAUGGAUUACUUGCUUCUUUAGUUUCUACAACUGCUGGUUGCCACAGUUUGCGGCCAAUCGACAGCAUUGCAGUUGGAGCAAUUGGGGCAGCAUUAGCCCUUUCUGUAUAUCCUUUAGUUGAACGAUUAGAAAUUGAUGACCCUGUUGGUGUUAUACCUGUACAUGUUAUUGGCUCUGCUUGGGAUCGUGAAACUGCUAUAGAAGAUCCCAGAAAUAAAGGUGUAACAGGAAAUAGAUAUGGACUUUUUCAUGGUGGUGAUUUUGAGUUAAUAAAGGUACUUUUGGAUUUGUUUCUAAAAGUGGUCCAAGCUCUAUGUGUUGUUUGUGUAUCGGCAUUCUCACUUAUUGUUACAUUUCUUUCACUUAUUAUUAUGAAUCAAUUCCCUUGGGGUUUAAGAAUGACAAAAUAUGAAGAACAAUUAGGUGCUGAUUUAAUAGAACAUGGAUUAGCUGGACAUAAUAUUGCUAAUUAUUCUAUUGAAAAGAAAUUAAAUGUCAAGUGA